UAUUUUUCAACACAUCCGAAAUCUCUGCUUUUAAAUGGAGAAGCAAACAGCCAUAGCCUCUUCUUGUCUCUUCCUUUUAUACAUCGCCACGUUUACAGCGGCAGAAGUUCUUGAAGCACAUCAUCACCAUCAUCGUCAUAAUCAUCAUGGUUCUGUGAAGUUUUUCGUUUUCGAGGAGUCAUAUGUUGAUACUGAAAAUAUUGAAAAAUCUGUGUCUACUUCAUGGAAGGAACCUUAUGACAUCAAUUUUUCGAGAAAGCCAGCUGGUCGAUUUUCAGAUAGUCUCGUGUUCACUGAAUAUAUAACUUCCUUUUUGGGCAUAAGAUCUCCAGUGCCUUACACAUUGAGAAAAUUUGUGAAGAAAUCAAAACUAGAGUCUGGGAUGAACUUUGCAUAUGGAGGGAUAGGUGUUUUUGAUAGAGUGUUUGGUGGGCCAAAAUCGACCACCCAAAUCGACUUUUUCCAACUGCUGCUUGAACAAAAACUCUAUAGUACCAAAAACGACGUAGUUAACUCGUCCAUUGCUCUCGUAUCAGUUGCGGAUAACGACUACGCUGCUUAUUUUGGCAACCAUACUGAGGAUUUCGCAGUAGUCACCAAAUCCAUUAUUAAGCAGCUUGCUGUGGAUUUAGAGCGCAUACAUGGGUUGAGAGUGAGAAAAAUUGCUGUUACAGCAAUAGGGCCCCUGGGAUGUCUGCCCCGCAUGACUUCCUUUCUUUCAUAUCAGAAUUGUAGUGAAGUUGCCAAUUUGGUUUCAAUUUUCCAUAACCAGAUUUUGCGUCAAAAAGUUGAAGAGUUGAACAAGGAGACUAAGAAAUCUUCAUUUGUAAUCUUGGAUCUUUAUAACGCAUCUCUGUCUGCAAUUAUGCUCCCAAAACACUAUCAAGCAAGUUUUGAACCAGAAACUGCAAUGCAGUUUAUGGUUCCAUAA